AUGAUGCCACGGCACUCGCCUGAACGCCGCCGUCACGGUAGUCUCAGCUCGCCUGCGUCGGCUGCCACGGGCGCUUGUGCACCGCUGCCGGAGGAGCUCAUCUUCGACGUCCUUUCCAGGGUUCCGGUGAAGUCAGCGUGCCGCUUCCGGUGCGCGUCAAGGGGGUGGCACGCGCUCAUCUCCGAUCAGGCCUUCCUCGCCGCUCACAGAUCACGCCACGCCGAGCCGCUCCUCGUCACCAUCACCUCGUCCCCGCAUCACGCCGGCGGAGGCCGCGAUCUGCGCCUGAUGGACAUGGAUGGCAAUGUUGUGAGGGUGACGAAGGGCGCAGGUGGCCUCACGCUGCUCUCCACGAGCAUGGAUGAGCUCGUCGGCGUCGCAGAAGUUUCUUCCUCUCGCGUGAUCGACCCGGCCACCGGAGAGGUGCUCGCGUAUUCCUCGCCGAAGCAAGUGUUCGGGUUCUACAUCAUGUUUGGUUUCGGUCGCGCCAUCCCAUCCGGUGCGUACAAGAUGGUACGCCUCGUGAACAACCAGACCUUCGAGGUCUUCACUUUAGGAGACAAAAACACAAGGUGGAGGAGGUCGAAGCUACCCCCAAUUCGUGUCAACGGAUGCUCUCAAGUCACCGCCAAUGGCGUCAUGUACUUCAUGGUCUCAAGGCAACUAGACGAUGACGGCUUGCUUCGCUUUGAUCUCGAGAGCGAAGAGUGGAAGCCGGCCAUAAAAGGCCCGCCGAUAGCAUCAAGCCCCGAGGAGUGGUGGAAUGAUGCACAAUCGGUCCGCAUAGCGGAGCUCAACGGUUUCUUGUGUGUGAUUCAAUCGGAGAUGCAAGCAAGCACCAACGUAUGGCUCCGUGCUGAUGAUUCUUGGAUCAAAGCGUACUCGAUCCCGGCAGCCCCCUCGUCCUAUUAUUACAUGCCAUUGAGGGUGACACACGAUGGUGGUAAGUUGAUAUUCUACUGUUUUUUCCAUGGACAAGGACACUUGCUCCGAGCCUACGAUCCUGCCACCAACACAUGUACAACGCUACGGAGAUUAGACGACAGUACUGAAAAAGUUGGCCUUUGCAGUUUGCACUUGGACCGUUUUGUCUUGAACAAGAUCUAG